UAUAUAUUCUCAGUGAUUGCACAGGCAACCGCUGUUUUGGAUCCAUUGGCUUUAUUGUCGAAAGAUCGUUUGAUUUUUGGUAAUAAUUUCUGUAUUAAUUUAUCAGGGAUCAUACAUACAUAGAAAGAUUACAGAAAGACCAAGCAGAAGCAGAAGCAGAAGCAGAAGCGGAAGGAGAGAUGGACAUAACGGAGGUGUCGAUACUACAUCACGCGGGCAUUGUGCUUCUUGCGCUUUGGUUGCUUUCGCUCUUCAAUCGAUGCCACCCGAUCGCUUAUUUCUUCUCUUUCAUCUACUUGUACCUGGUUCAUGAGCGGUACGUGAUGCGAUUGAGGAGGAAAUUGCAGUAUGAAGAAAGAAAACAAGCAAAUCGGAGAAGGGUACUCACUGAUUCUGAGACAGUUAGGUGGCUCAACCAUGUAGUGGAAAAGAUGUGGCCCAUAUGUAUGGAACAGAUUGCUUCGCAGAAGAUUCUGCUCCCAAUUAUUCCUUGGUUCUUGGAAAAAUACAAACCAUGGACUGCUAAAAAAGCUGUAGUUCAGCACCUUUAUCUAGGUAGAAAUCCACCUGUGUUUACAGAAAUGAGAGUUCUCCGAUCAACUGGUGAUGACCACUUGGUAUUGGAGUUGGGAAUGAAUUUCCUUACCGCAGAUGACAUGAGUACGAUCCUUGCUGUGCAAUUAAGGAAAAGACUAGGAUUUGGAAUUUGGGCAAAGUUGCAUUUGACAGGCAUGCAUGUUGAAGGGAAGGUCUUGGUUGGGGUAAAGUUUCUACGGGAGUGGCCUUUCCUUGGCCGCUUGCGCAUAUGCUUUUCGGAGCCACCGUAUUUUCAGAUGACUGUGAAGCCUAUCUUCACUCAUGGGCUUGAUGUUACUGAACUUCCUGGGAUUGCUGGAUGGCUGGAUAAACUUUUGUCGAUUGCAUUUGAGCAGACUCUUGUUGAGCCCAAUAUGAUGGUUGUUGAUUUGGAGAAAUUUAUUUCACCACAGGCACAUGAUAGUUGGUUCUCUGUGGAUGAGAAGGAGCCUGUUGCAUAUGCCAUAGUUGAAGUUAUCGAAGCUUCUGAUAUGAAGCCAUCAGAUUUAAAUGGAUUGGCCGAUCCAUAUGUGAAAGGGCAAGUUGGCCCUUACAGAUUCAAGACAAAGGUACAAAAGAAAACUUUGGCCCCAAAAUGGCUUGAAGAAUUCAAGAUCCCUAUCUGUACGUGGGAGUCAACUAAUGUGCUAGCCAUUGAAGUUUGUGAUAAAGACCAUUUUGUUGAUGAUACCCUCGGGGACUGUUCGGUCAACAUCAGUGACCUGAGGGAUGGCCAAAGACAUGACAUGUGGUUGUCUCUUCAAAGCAUUAAAAUGGGGAGAUUGCAUCUUUGCGAUAACCGGGGGAUUUCUGAUCCAUAUGAUAAGGAAAUGUUAAACAAGGAAGAUGCAAAGAACUCUUUUUCGAGCGAGACUGCUCAUACAGCUUCCUUCUCAUCUAUAUCUUCAGAUAAGGCUCCAAGAGUUCCAGACAAUUUUGAACCUAUCAACAUUGAAGGACAAAAUGAGACAGGAAUAUGGGUUCAUCAACCGGGCAGUGAGGUGGCACAAACUUGGGAGCCCAGAAAAGGGAAGAGCAGGCUUGGUGAGGCUAUUGGCGGAUCUAAUCCAUUUGCAAGUGGAUCCAUUAACAAUGAUUCCAGUAGUGGAGAUGAAAAUAGGGAGGGUAAAAAUCUAGCAAGAUCUUUAAAGCGAAGAUUUCGAAAGAUGAGCGCUGUAUUUAACAGAAGCCCCAGAAAGGAGGAUUGCUCGGGCAGCCUUGGAGAGCCUGUAGAUUCUUCUCGUACAAAUCUCAAAGCAGUCAAUGAGAAGGAGAUUGGUGUGAAGUUCAUAGUAGAAGAGACUCUUCUAGGGCCUGCUUCUGGCAAGACUUUAAAAGAAGGAAGCACUAGUGGUGAUGGAAGUGGUCCAGAAAGCCCAAGUAGGGGACACAUGAAAGAUAUGGCGAAGAGCAUUCUAAAACAUGCAGGAAAAGGAGCUCGCAACAUACGGCAUGUGCUUUCGCGGAAAGGGUCAACAAAAUUUCGAGAUGAUACCUCCAACGUUACAGUAGAAGAC